GCAUUAUCCAUGAGGGAUCAGUAUCUCGCUUCUGUAGGCAUUCAUUGGCAGAUGGUGGUGGAUGGAGGAAGGGGGCGGAAGGCGCGGUUUAGGGGUACGCAUGGGCGGUCGGGAUGUGCUGCUGACGGGGUGCACGAAGAAGAGAGUGAGGUGCGUUUCACAACAGUUGUUCAAGGAGGGAAGAUAGGCUGGCAUUAUCUGCUAAUGUGGAUAGGGGCCGUAGUCAUAUCGACGCGUGAUGAGAACGCAGAAUAAGUUCAUAGACGGCCCAUCUCUUUGGCGAAAUACGGUGCGUUAUGCCGGAAGAAAAGCUCUUGUAGGAGGAUGGGGUGUAGAGGAGAGGCUGCAGAGGACCAGUGCUGAUUGUUCGCGACAAGUGCAGUACGCGGAGGAGGAAGGGAGCGAAUCUGUGAUAUGGAGAACUCAUCUAUGUAGUCAUUGUGACGGCGAGAGAUGUGUAUUCAGUAUAUGUCUCGUGCCUUGGCCUCCAACUAGAAAUGCGCCGUUCGUUCCGUUGACGAAAGAAAUCCCAUGUGGGGAGGCACCUGGACAGUGGUGGUGGAUGUUGAGAGUGGAUGCGGCGCGUGGUAAACGGUUGUUCAAGGAACGUAGGCAUGUGCCACGUACUCCUGUGGAUUGGCGUCAUAGCCUAAGAUUGAAUGGGAAAGCUUUGAAAGUUACGCAGCAAUCGAUAAUUCUCCAGGGCUUGGCGAUGGAUGCUUCUGCGACGGAUCCCAUUCUCCAGUCGCCGGGUGUUGGAACAAUCCAACCAGAGACUUGUGAGGGUCGGUGGGGAUUGCGCCGCUGAAAGGGUUCAUCAUGUCGAUGAAAGUGCGGUGCGUGUUCCCAACCGUUGUUGGAGGAAAGCAGAUCGACAGGGGUCGUGUGGCUACAAAAGGCAGAUCUCCUUGGCGACAUUCGGCCUGUCACACUUGAGAAGCUCUUGUGAGAGGAUAGGGUGCGGAGGAGUGGCUAGGGACGGCCAGCGCUGAUUGUUUGCGGUGAAUACAAUUGGUUAUAGGGAAUCUUGAGCAAGGAUAAGUACUUCUGAAAGAACCUAAAUGCCGAUGGUGACGAGGCCAAGUGACAGUCUGAUGUAGUACGGUGAACAUACAUGCAGUAGUUAUAGUCGCGAGAGAGGUGAGUUCGGUUCAUGUCUGGGGACUGAAGAACAUAU